ACACAGCACUGAGUGUGAGACCUCGUACAGUCGGCUAAGUCUAUUUAUAGAACUGCCCUGUAAGUGCCUCGCAGGCAGCUUACUUAUCGACGGCUUAGCGAUGACUACACAGAGCGAACAGGGUCACACCACGGCGGGCGCUGGGGAACAAAGCAGUGAGCGGAGGACACAACAUAUUACCAGGCUUGUCUGUGCACCAUGCACGCCAAUAACAUUUUAGAUAUUGUCCGAGUUACACCACGAAACAGAAAACCACAAUGGACACACAAAGAAACUCAGCAUCUCAUCCGGGAAUUCGACAAGCGGAAGCACCUUCUGAGACCUAAACCCGGCGAAGUUGUGUCGUCUGCUUCAAAACACCGCGCUUGGGUGGAGAUCGCACAAGCUGUCAAUCUCACUAACCCCCACGUUCACCGGACCGUAUCGGAGGUACAGAAGAAAUGGCAAAACCUUUGUUUACGUACCAAGAAGGACAAAGAUGGACUUCCUGUGGACAGCUUAUUUAGCGCCGUGACACGGGCAGAUCCAACGUUACUACAAGAACAGCAUGGGCAGCAUCCGCCGGCGCUUUCCUCCAUACAACCACGCCCACUCCUUAUACAGCCGUACCAGUCUGAGGAAAACAGCACUGGUAAUGGCGCUCAUCCUUUGGUCCCUGUCAAGAUUGAGAAGGUGGAUUCCGUGGACGAGAUGAUGCGUACAAACCAUGCGGACAUAUCAACCGAUAGUCGUCCAGAGAGCACCAGAUCUCAGUUAAGUUAUGGUGACGUGGAGUUUAUCAACUCGUCGUCCCAGCCGGAGUACGACAUGUACGCGACAAGUUCGGGCAUCGUGCAUACUGCACACGAACCAGAGUCUAUUGAAUCCGUUCCGACCAUAACACCGACUUCCGAGUCCCCCAGGGGACAAAAACGGAAGGCCGGUAACUUAGACGAUUCCGUGGACACCUUUGCUAGUUACUGUGUAACGGACACGGACCUUGUAGACGUCAGGAGAAAUUUAAUGAUGGCAGAAAUGCAAAAAUACAAACUAGAAUGUGAAAAAUUAAGAACUGAGAAAGACAAACUUCUCCUUGAAACGGAGAAAAUAAUGAUGGAAAAAGAAAAACUUAUGCUUGAGCUACAAACGUUACGAACGACAACGGAAGAGUUCCGUGGAAACCAACACAAGACAGUAUCUCAGUUGGAGAAAGAGAGACAUGCUCUGGAGAAUGAAAAGUUAGUGUUGGAAAUAGAAAAUAUGCGAAGUAUGCACAAGGUGGCCGUGGAGAAAACACAACUGGAGAAACAGAGGUAUUCGUUAGAAAAUGACAAAUUGAAUGUGGAAAUUCAGAAUCUACGCGGGACAAUUAGAACUAGUACCUACUAAGACGACAUGUAAACGCGCAAUCAUCGGACUGGUAAAACUAAAAAAACAAAAACGGUUUUUUGGAAGCAAGUUUCUUUAUUCGUUCAAACUAUAGGACUAAAAUUAUAUUACACACGUGGAUGUUGACCACGUACGAUGUACUAGUGCUCCCUAUACGCUUUGUACGCAUGAUACAUAACAUGAAUUGCGCGAGAGAAACAGGUGCUUCUCUUUUUCACGCGAGUUAAAUAAUUUUGUAUUACGCCAUGAUUAAUGUUUAUGGUUUUGUUAUUAAGGCAAUGAAUUUACAGCUAGAGUAGUUUACAGGUUUUGUUUAUUAGUGUAACAGAAUAAACGUAAUAAGAGAAAAAGAAAAUAUUCUUUGACGUCCUCGCACAUCGUCUUUUUAUCGACUUUUAACUUAACUCCGAAGCUUGUAGCCGAUACAUAGACUUAAACCAAUUCUCAGUGGUAACUCAGAGCACAAAUCUCACUGCUCGACUUGUCAGACAGAUAUUGUCCCUUGCACUCAUUUUGUAUAUUCAAAAUGCGAAGACAAUGGGUACCAAACUAGUAUUCGGUAUAGGAGUUUGUAAUUAAUUAAAGAAUCAAACUUUAUUAAAUUGUUCAUUUAAAACCGACACAA